CGUGUUUGUAACCGAUUGUCGUGAAUAUGAAUGCGUACGAAAAUUCGGCUUUACCGAAACAAAAUUAGGCAUGCGCACACGCAUAUUACACGUUGGAAUCUGUCUACAACAACAACACACAAAACAAUAAAAAUAUCAGAAUGGGUGGUUUAUUAAGUUACUUCUCAGGCCUGUUUGGAAGCAAGGAGAGAAGGAUUCUUAUACUGGGUUUAGAUGGAGCAGGAAAGACAACCAUCCUGUAUCGUCUGCAGGUGGGAGAGGUGGUCACAACAAUACCAACCAUCGGAUUUAAUGUAGAAACAGUGCAGUAUAAAAACCUGAAGUUCCAGGUAUGGGACCUGGGAGGACAAACAAGCAUCAGACCUUACUGGCGGUGCUAUUACUCCAACACAGAUGCCAUAAUCUAUGUAGUGGACAGCAUGGAUAGGGACAGAAUUGGCAUUUCUAAACAGGAACUUUUCUCCAUGCUGGAGGAGGAUGAGCUGAAGAAGGCUGUGCUGGUUGUGUUCGCCAACAAGCAGGAUAUAGAGGGCGCCAUGACUGUGUCUGAGGUGGCUAACGCCCUUGGGCUCACCAAUAUCAAGACCAACAAGUACCAGAUCUUCAAGACAUCCGCUAUCAAGGGUACUGGCUUGGAUGAGGCCAUGGAAUGGUUGUCGAACACACUGACCCAAGCAAAGUGAACGCAAAUAUAGAACUUGAUGAAUAAUACUCAAAGAGUUGCAGACCUUGAGUUUUAACCAUUGGAGAAAUCCUCUACUUGUCUUUUUAUGAAGGGAGAUGAUUGUUAUGUGAUUUAUUUGAUUUGAAAAAAAGGGGUUAGACAUAAGAUUUUUCAUGGAAGGUAAAAAAAUACGUUUUUCAUAUUCAUAUACUUCUUCUUUCUUAUGUGUUUGAGUUGUUUUUAUACUCGUUUGUGCAAUUUUAUAAACUAUGAUGACAUUUUCUUGUUUCAUUGUAAUUAACGUCAUCAAUAAAAAAAACAGUGCUGAUACAUAAACUUGUAUUGAAUGCAUGAAUAUUUAUAAUUAAAUAUGUUUUAUGUUUAUGAUAAAGAGAAUUAUAUUUAUGAUAAAGAGAAAGAACAAAAUUACCAUUACUUGUAAAAUGAAAAAAUGUGUAUGUUUGACUCUCAUGUGACAAUUAUCUAUGUAAAUACGUUCACAUUUUCAAAAGUCUAAAUGAUCUUGUUAUGUCAUUGUUGAAAUUGUUUGAUGCAUCUGAUUGUAAUAUUUAUUUAUGGAUCAAUAAAACUAAAUACAACCA